GGAGAGACAGGGGUGAGGUGCUUGGAUGUAAACGAACAUGCCGAGAGGAAAGCGCGUGGACCAGCGAUGACAGCCAUGCUGAGCCCAAAGAUCAGACAGACCAGGAGAGCAGCCAGGUCAAAGAGCAUGGUGAUGGGCGAGGUGUCUCGAGGCCGACCCGCCUCCCCCAGCCUGCAGGAGGGCGCUCUGAAGGGCGGCUGGCUGAAGAAGCAGCGCAGCAUCAUGAAGAACUGGCAGCUGCGAUGGUUCGUGCUGCGCUCAGAUCAGCUGUUCUUCUACAAAGAUGAGGAAGAAACCAAGCCACAGGGCUGUAUUCCUCUGCAGGGAUGUCAGGUGACCGAGCUCACAGCCAAUCCGGACGAACCAGGAAGACACCUGUUUGAGAUCCUGCCAGGAGGAACGGGAGAGAAGGAGCGGACCCCCGUCAGCCAUGAGUCCUUCCUGCUGAUGGCCAACUCUCAGACUGACAUGGACGACUGGGUGAAGGCCAUCCGACGCGUCAUCUGGGCGCCGUUUGGAGGAGGGAUAUUUGGCCAGCGUCUGGAGGACACGGUGCAGUAUGAGAAGAAGUUCGGCCCCCGGCUGGCCCCCCUGCUGGUGGAGCAGUGCGUGGACUUCAUCAGGGAGAGGGGUCUGGAUGAGGAGGGUCUGUUCAGGAUGCCAGGGCAGGCCAACCUGGUGAAGGAGCUGCAGGAGGCCUUCGACUGCGGAGACAAGCCUCUGUUCGACAGUAACACAGACGUCCACACGGUGGCGUCGCUGCUGAAGCUGUACCUGCGAGAGCUGCCUGAACCCGUCAUUCCCUUCUCCAAAUACGAAGACUUUCUGACCUGUGCACAGCUUCUGGCCAAAGAUGAGGAGGAGGGGGUCCAGGAGCUGGGAAGACAGGUGAACACUCUACCUCUACCCAACUACAAUCUCCUCACGUACAUAUGCAAAUUCCUCGAUGAGGUCCAGUCUCACUGCGGUGAAAACAAGAUGGGGGUCCAAAACCUGGCCACAGUAUUCGGACCAAAUAUCCUCCGACCCAAGAUGGAGGACCCGCUCACCAUCAUGGAAGGCACGUCUAUGGUCCAGCACCUGAUGACGAUCCUCAUCAGGGAGCACAACCGCUUUUACUCAGGGAGGGACCCCGAGGUGCUCACUGUGCCCCAAUCAGAGCUCCCUGUCGUGGGGCAGCAGCACCGCAGCCUGGGGGCCUGGAUCUCAGAGGAGGACCUGCAGACCUGCCCGGUGUCCAACCCCCCCGAACAGGAGCUGCACAGCAGUGCCUCGUCGCUGGACGCCAAACUGUGUGCAGCAGCCUUCACCCCCACGCAGACCCCCAACCUGAACCCUGGACCAAAGCUGGGGUCUCCGUCAGGGAAAGGAGAGCUGGUGGUCAGCCCGAGCAAACAGGGAAAGAACAUACCCUCCUGGAAGUACUCUUUUAAAAGCUCCUCGGCGCCUCGUUCCCAACCGCAAGGCAAACAACCCGUCCCCUCUGUGGCGGAUCCAAGUGUCACUUCCACUGGAGGAGGAGGAGGAGGUGGUGGUGGAGGAGGAGGAGGAGGAGGUGGAGGUAACUGGCUCAUGAAUGGUUUGUCCUCUUUAAGGGGACACCGGCGCACCUCCUCAGGAGAAAGAUCGGCCAGAGAUCGAGACUCCACGGGCUCCUCUCAAAGACUGUCCACCUACGACAACGUCACCUCCUCCUCCAGCACGGGCAGCGUUCCCAGUGUCGCCAGCACACCCUGGUCCUCCUCCUCCUGCGAGAUCUCCGUCCCAGACUCGGGGAGUGAGCCCUCGCCCAACCACAACAACUGCGGAGUGGCGGGCGAAGAAGGUGGGGAGGACAAAGGGGAGUGGGCGGAGAGCCAGAGGGAGAUGGACGGAGGGGGGGGGAUGACCACGGACCCGGGCUCGGAGCAGGACAGCUGCGAGGCCAUGGAGCUCUGCAGCAGCAGCGGAGCCUGCAGCGAGAACGGGAACACGGCCAUGGCCAGCGGGGUGCCGUCCAUCAUCAUGUCCGAGGACGGGGACGGGAUGAACCUGAGUCUCAGCGGGCUGGUGGAGGGACUGAAGGACGAGCUGAGGAAACAGAAGACGGGAUACGAGGGCAGGAUCCAAAAACUGGAGGAGUCCAGCGCUGCCUUGUGUGCGCAGAUGGAGCGUCUGGAACAAGAGAUGGAGCAGGAGAAGAAGAAGCAACGCAUGGUGGAGAUCAAACUACGAAACUCAGAGCGAGCGCGGGAGGACGCGGAGAACCGCAACCGGCUUCUGGAGAAGGAGAUGGAGGAUUUCUUUUCCACGCUGGGAGAUCUGGCUCUGGGUGCGAGGACUAGUGACAUUUGAUACGGCAUGUGGCCAAAACUGUCAGGGUUUUGUCUUUCUGGGGGUCUUUGAACACAUCCUCCUUGGUGUAUCAGGGCGUUGAAGGAACCGGCCAUAUUUGUGUACAUUCAGGACGAACAGAAAUAUGGAGAUCAGAGAGAGGAGACUCUGAAGCAUGGUUGAAGUGGAACGUUGAAUUAAGAUGUGAAUACACUCCAGAUGAGUCCAGGGUUUGUCUUGUGAAGGCAGUAUUUAACAGUUCAGGUGCCUGAAGUGUCUGAAGAUGUGGAUGGUGGGACAUAAUGUAAUUUCUCUGACAUUCUCUAUACUGGAGAGCACUGACAUUAACCACUACUUAUAGGGACAAUACACGAAUGCUUUUUGUGCUGCAACUGAAGGACUUGUUGACGUUAGCAGGCCGCUGAUUGAUAUCUAUCUGUAAGGAAUAGGGCUACAUUUUGGGAUACACACUUAUUUGCCUUCUUGCUGAGAGUGAGACGAGAGAAUAUUAUUGUCUGUUGGAUUGAUAUGUAGCUACAGUUAGCUUAGCUUUAAUAAGAGAUAGAAAACUGGAAAAAGGGCUAGCAUAGCAUUUAAGUCUGCCAACCAACAGUUCUAAAGCAGAUUUAUUAACAUGUUAGGCUCACUCUUUCCACUGUUUUCUAUAUUUAUGUUAAGCUAAGCUAACACUAUCUUCUACCUUUAUGAUAAGCUAGGCUAACGAGCUACUUGCUGUGGCUUUAAAUGUAUCCUACAGACAUGAGAAUAAUGUCAAUCUAAUCUUCUAACUCUCACCAUAAGGCUAAUGAAUGAAGUAUUUCCUAAAAUAUAAAGCUGUAUUAACUGUAAAGUCAGUUCACCUAAAUUAAAAAAACAGUAUAUUUUCUCCCUUGCCUGUUAUGGUAGCUAUCAAAUUGCUUGGUUUUUGAAGUUACGAAACAGUGGUCAACUUUGUAAAGGCAGAUUGAGGAAAAUCUAAAAACAACGAACCUCUUGGUGAGCAAAAGCUUUAACAUGCUUGAAUUUGAGCACAACAAAACGUGUCCAAAUAAAACACAAGUUAUCUGCACUGCUAGGCACCACUAGAGUUACAUGGGAAAAUGUGUUUUUGGUAAUCUGAGUGAACUGACCGGUUAACUGUGAUAGCUUUAGCAGAGGGUUUCCACUUGCAUUUAUAGUAUAUUUGUGCUGCAAGUAUGGAUGUUUUACUCUGGAAGUUUGUUCAUCAAAACACGAAAGCAAGUGGGUCAAACUAGAUGAUUCCUUUGGAGCAGUAAUAGGUGGAAGCUCUGCAAAAAGCUGCUUCUUUUUCCUCAGGCCCUUCCAGUGCCUCGACUCCUCGUCACCAUCUGCAUUUUGAUGGGAAAAGCCUCAGUCUCCGGGGUCACUCCGAUCCACACAGAUGUCAAAAUACCUUUACCGUACAACAGGGAUAACGGGAAACAAUUAUUGAAGCAUUUUCACUGUAGCGCAUGCUGCCUAUAACACAGGAGGCCAUUACAGUACAUACCAAAGCUGGACCACUGAAGAUCAGAAUGGCCUGCCUGGAAGCCAUGUUGAUUUUGGCACAUGAAGCUGAACACUGCCCUCAAAGAAACAAUGGAAUUUCCUGGUCGUGCCUUCAGGGAAGUGAUUUUAAAUAGAAAUGUAGUGUUGCUUGCUUGUCCAGAGAUGUAGUGCAUAUAUUCACCUUAUAGUACACCGUGGCUGCAUUGAUUUUUCUUUUCUUUUUAUCAUUUGGCAACAGACUGCUGAUUACGAAUAACACGAUAUCCCUAUAGAAGGUGCCAAUUCUUGUGAAAGUGACUUGUGAAUUGAAUGGAAGUUUUGAAUUGAGAAUGUAUCAUUGUAGUGAAUGUAAUGUGUCGUUAAUGAAACCAGCCCUAUGGAAAAAAUACAAUUUAAAAAGGAUGGGAGAUUAGUUAUCAAUGAUGGUGUUCAGUUCAUCUAUUGUCUUACUUCCUGGAACUGUG